AUGGCAGACCACGACCACUGUCGCUCAGAACGGCCAAAAUGCACUGCGACAGAAGCACUACUGGAUCUGGGCGAGGCAAAAGACACGCCACUCGUUCGAAGGCAUUCUCUGCAGAAUGAGACUUCCUCUCCCUCGACGUUGGACAAGACCGCACCGCCGCAUUGCAACAACUCUCGCUGUCAUGAUGGCUCCAAUGCGCCACAACUCGGCGUUGCGUGUAUACCAGAAUGCUCCGCGGGCCAGGCUGAGGCCCUCCAUGAGCCAGGCUCACCUGCCUACACAGUUGCCUCCUUCCUCCCUAUCAACAAGUCCCCAAGUGGUACACAAACAGCCGCAUCAGGUACUUCCCCCGAACCUGGGACUCGUAUUUCACCACUCACUUCAGAGACCUUCCGACAACACCAUGGACGUCACAUAUCCGAUAUCAGCAUUGAUAUGUACGAAGUUGGCGAGCAUGAGCUAGAAUGUUUGGAUGAGGACGAAAGACGUGUUUAUCAUAUUGGCCUCAAUACUGGUGGCUCUUAUUCUGGCAGAUUUACAGAGCGACCGCUCAAGGCAGAGCUGGCGGACAUGGUUUCGCAAACCUUGGCCGACCUUGCUGAGAAGACGUCUGUGGCUUUGCGUUGGCAAGCAGGAGCCGAGACAGAAGAUGGCAUCAGGCUUUUGCUCUCUGCGGGAUCGAAAUUGGUUCUAUGGCAAAUGUCUCCAUCCGCAGCAUCGGAUUCCCGCAUCGAAUGUCUUUUGCUCGGCUGCCUUGCCCGGACUAAAUACAUAGCCCCUGGAGCCUUCUAUCUGACUUCACAGCCCUCGGCCACCCAGCCAUCCCAGGAAGAGGCAGAGGAAGGCCACUACAGUCUCGAGCAACCUCGACAUCCUGGAGAACGACGGCACGCCUCUCAAUUCACCGAAACGAUCUCCCCUAGCGACAUAAAGAGGCACGACGACGAUGACCAUUCGUCAGCGAAUUCAGCGUCAGAAAAAGCAGAUGAUACAAUCAUCGAAGGGUCGUUUCACGACCCAUUCGGCGUAUCUCAGGUCGAUGAUGCGUCUGAUGCUGUGCAGGCAACCCGCGACCUAGAGAGGCACAACGACGAUGACCAUUCUUCAGCAAAUUCACCGUCAGAGAAAGCACAUGAUACAGUCAUUGAAGAGUCGUUUCACGACCCAUUCGGCGUAUCUCAGGUCGAUGGUGCGUCCGAUGCCAUCCAGGCAACAGCCUAUGCUAGCAAGCCUUCAGCAGGCAACCUUGACCGGGAGAUUCUUGAAGCAAGCCGCAACAGCAACACCAAUCUAUACGCCUCUAAAUGGGCAGUCUUCGAAGGAGAAAAUGAUACUGAAGAAGAAUCACCAACGCCAGCAGCAGCUUCAUCGCAACCUGCUGCACAACCGAGCACACCAGAGCCCACCACAGAUCCAGACAAAGGCAGCACGCAGCCAGUUUCAGAUCCACCCUCUCCCGCUGCAUCCACCGACUCUCACGGCCAAUGGCAGCACCCCCCUCGACGAAUUCAAUACAUAGCAGCAUUCAUCUGCCCCAGCGCAACCCUAACUCCAGAAGUCCGAGCCGCAGUAUGGUUGUGGAAAGCCGCCAGCAAAACUCAACUCGAUUGGAACCGGCACUUGGAAAAGGCGCGUGGUAACUACGACUUUGACUAUGUCUAUGAAAAGCAGUCGUCGUUGUCAUCGUCGCCAUCGUUGGCGUCGCAGAGCCAUCCAAAGCAACCGCAACAAACAGUCCAUGAAUUUGAUAUUGAAAGCGACGAAUAUGGCAUGGAAGAAAUCCAACAGUAUGAAGAGCUUGCUGGGUUCCGGAAAACUGAUUGCUAUGGAAAUGUCCUGUCGGAAAUGGUACGUCGGGCACAUAAAAAAUUGCAACAAGAAUAA